ACUGUGCUGCAGGCUCAGAAAUACCAUGCUGUCCCGCUGUGCGGUCAGGGUGUGCCAUGUGCUUAUGUUGGUGCUGUGUCUGUCUGCGGCUGAGGACUUCGACUGGACAAAGAACGACCGCGGCUCCUUCUAUUAUGGCACUUUUCCAGCUGGAUUUUCGUGGGGUGCCGGCAGUUCAGCCUAUCAAACAGAAGGAGCCUGGGACAAAGAUGGAAAAGGACUGAGCAUCUGGGAUGUGUUCAGCCACAAGAAAGGCAAAAUCCUGCGUAAUGACACCGGAGACUCCUCUUGUGAGGGCUACUACAAAACCAAGGAAGAUAUCUCUCUGAUGAAAGAGUUGAAGCUAAACCACUACCGCUUUUCUAUCUCCUGGCCCAGGCUCAUUCCAACUGGGAUCAAGUCUGACCAUGUAAAUGAAAAAGGGAUCAAGUAUUAUGAUGACCUGAUUGACCACCUGCUAGAGAACAAGAUCACUCCCAUUGUCACUCUGUAUCACUGGGAUCUUCCACAGGUCUUGCAGGAAAAAUACGGCGGAUGGCAAAAUAUUAGCAUGGUCAAUUAUUUUAAUGAAUAUGCUAACCUCUGCUUUGAAAGAUUUGGGAAUCGAGUAAAAUACUGGAUCACUUUCAACAAUCCAUGGUCGGUGGCUGUCGAAGGCUACGAGACGGGUGAGCAUGCUCCUGGACUGAAACUGAGAGGAACUGGGGCCUACCGGGUAGCUCAUCACAUUAUCAAGGCACAUGCUAAAGUUUGGCAUACGUACGACACACAGUGGAGGGGGAAACAAAAAGGUCUGAUUGGCAUCUCUCUGUCCGGGGACUGGGGAGAGCCGGUGGACAUUAGCAACCAAAAGGAUGUUGAAGCAGCUGAGAGAUAUGUCCAAUUCUAUAUGGGGUGGUUUGCCACACCCAUCUUUCAUGGGGACUACCCUCAAGUGAUGAAAGACUUCAUUGGCAAAAAGAGUGCGCAGCAGGGCCUGGGAUCCUCUCGCCUGCCCACUUUCUCCUCCCAAGAGAAGAGUUACAUCAAGGGCACCUGUGACUUCCUUGGCAUUGGCCAUUUCACCACCCGCUACAUCACCCAAAAGAAUUACCCAUCAGGCCGCGGCGGUAGCAGCUACUUCACCGACCGAGACCUGGCUGAGCUGGUUGAUCCUCGCUGGCCAGACCCUGGGUCCGAGUGGCUCUACUCUGUACCUUGGGGAUUCAGACGCCUGCUCAACUUUGUCAAGACUCAGUACGGGAACCCAAUGAUGUACGUGACGGAGAACGGGGUGUCCGAGAAGCUGUUAUGCACAGAGCUGUGCGAUGAUUGGAGAAUACAGUAUUAUAAAGACUACAUCAAUGAGAUGCUUAAAGCAAUAAAAGAUGGAGUCAACGUAAGGGGCUACACCGCCUGGUCUUUGCUGGACAAGUUUGAGUGGGACGAGGGCUAUUCAGAACGGUUCGGCCUGUACUACGUGGACUUCAGAAACAAGAACAAACCUCGCUACCCCAAAGCGUCUGUCCAGUUCUACAAACGCAUUAUCAGCUCCAACGGUUUCCCCAGUCAGAAAGAGGUUGAGAACUGGAGGAGAAAGGCCACGGAAACCUGCUCAUCCAGCAACCAGCUCUUAGCUGCAGAGGAACAGCGGAGCACUGCUGCCAAUAUUCUAAGACUUAUUCAUGACCCCUUGACCAGCCACAUGGAGAUGGUAACUGAGAUUGUUGUUCCGACCGUGUGCACUCUUUGUAUUUUACUGAGUGCCAUCUUCCUUAUGUUCCUGCUGCGAAGGCGAAACUAGAAAAUGACAG